GGCAAGGUCUGGCAGAGGGUUAAACAUGAGCUCAAAAUUACUCCAAAUGUGCCAUGUCAGGCAGAAUAACAGAAGUUGUCGUGAGGAAAAAGUGUAAAUCAGAGAUCAUUAAAUGUGAACAAGCCAUGAAAAUGCUGCACAUGGAAGGAACCUGUGCUCAAAAACAACAUAACUCUCCAUCCACAAGGUUACAGGGAAACUGAAUGUCAGGAUUAAGAAGGCCAUGGAUCGGGGCAGUCACAGUAACACAAGCUUAAGCUGUGAGUUCAAAACAGCUGAGGAAGAGAAGAUUAUCCAUCUAGUGGUCUACAUCCCCAUCUUCAUCAUGGGGUUGCCCUUCAACCUGCUGGCCCUUUACAUGUUCUGUGGCAAGAUUAAGAGAUGGACUGAAUCCACCAUUUACAUGAGCAACCUUGCUUUGGCAGACAUUCUGCUGUUAUCCUCCCUUCCUUUCAAGAUGCUCAACCAAGAUAGUGGCUGGCCCUUUGGAAGGGCCUUCUGCUCCUUUGUAGAGUCAAUCUACUUUGUCAACAUGUACGCUAGCAUUUUCAUCGUCACCUCCAUUAGCAUUGAUCGUUAUCUCGCCAUCAUCCAUCCUUUGAAAGCAAGAGAUUUCCGAUCGCCCCGGAAAACUUUGACAAUCUGCUUCCUUAUUUGGGUUUUUGUCUGGUUGGGAAGCAUCCCUAUUUAUCAAUUUCAUGAUACUCCAGGCUCUAAUUACACUUCAAACAUUAGCAUCGCCUGCUUCCAUAGAUUUUCUGCCAAGUCCUGGAAUCCAGGGCUAAUUAUUUUUGUGGAGCUGAUGGGUUUUAUGGUCCCGCUAACCAUUAUGACCUUUUGUUCAGUCCGAAUCAUCAGGAAACUUUUGCAGAGGCAAAGUGACAUCCCCGGAAACCACCAGACAUGCAUUAGAAUCAUCACUGUCAACCUGGCAAUCUUCAUCUGUUCAUUUGUGCCCGUCCAUCUUGGCAUCUUCCUUCAGUUUUUAGUGAGGCAGGACAUCAUUGGCCAAAGUUACUGUUCAGAACGAAAGACCAUUAGUUUAUUUGUACAGAGUGCCAUGUGCAUAGCCAAUGUCAACUGUUGUCUGGACGCCAUUUGCUAUUAUUUUGUCGCAAAGGAAUUCCGGGAGCAAGGUUCACGCACCCGAAAAUCCUUGGCUACCAUUUUCUCAAUCAUUGAUUCUUGAGUUUUUAACCAAAUACAGGGCCAUGCCCUCUUCUUACCCAUGACAUUCUUGGUAUUUUGCUGGUUCUACACUCUCCACUGCACCAUGGUUUGUUCAUCGUUCACAUCGGGCUAUUUCUUCAGUACAUCCUCUUAUAAAAGAACAAACAUAUAUGUAGUGCCUUGAGCAAUCUGUGGAUAUCCCAUCAUGAUUCUCAGCAAAUUAAACACUUUUAACAUGCAGGAAACAUGACAGCCAAAUUGUGCAUAGAAAAGUCACACAAAAAGUAGUGUGAUUAUGACCAGAAGAUCUCUUUCAGUUUUCAGAAUAAAGGGUAAAUAUUCUGCAGGAUACCAAGAACAAUGCCACCAAAUCCGAACUUGCCCUGAACUCUGUUUUGAUAGGCAAUCAGGGCUUUGGUUUAACAUAUCUGAAAGAUGGGACCUCCACUAGCAAAACCUGGGAGUACUGCACUUGAAUAUUGGCUUCGACUAUCCGCUCAUCUCUGAAGAGCAAUUUGAUCCCAUCAGCUCUUGACUCAGGGAGAAUAAUCCUGCCACUGAGCCACAACCAAGCUCACAACUUUUGUUCCUAACCAUGAAGACCCUAACUAAUAAAUUCCUAUAAGGUUCAUUGUCUAUUCUGCACACUCCUUGAUCCCUAGGUCCAAUAUUUUUUGUGAUGGAGGAAAGAAGAUUAAAAUCUUUGUAACAUGGUCUCUUUAAUAACAGUGGAGGAAACUUCUCGUCAUAGGUUCAUCAUGGACUUAAUUUCCCUUGACUAUCGUGUACUAUGAAUAUCAUAGUCAGGUGCUGAGAGAAGUAAACCAUAAUGUAUAACAAUCGAAUUGCACCUUUGUUAACAUUUGCAGCAGCACUCUCCAAACCUGAGAACUAAUUUCAGGCUGGUAAAGGUGUGAACAGAUUCAAGCUUUUGUUCUACAACAACAUCUGAGAUCAAGGCCACCCAGGACAAAUCAACAUGUUUGAAUGAUACCACAUCCAUCAUCUGGAACAUUAGAUCCCUCCACCAUCACUGCACCUUUUCUACAAACUCUUCUUGAGUACUUCACCAAGGUUUCUCUGACAGGGCCUCUAAAGCAUUCAGCUAAUAUCGUUUAGCAGGAUAAGCACCUGCGAUUUCCUUUGGAGGUACUCGCCAUCCUGAUUUGGAAAUAGAUUGUCAUUCAUUCAUCGCUGUUGAGUCAGAGUUCUCGACCCAUCAUUGCCACGUGAACUGCAUUGGUUGAAGAACCCUGCUCACCACCACAUUUUCUAAGGUAAUUAGAGAAGAGCACGAAAUGCUGGCAUUGCCAGCAACAUGGAAAUCUUAUGAAUAAAUAAGAAAGGAGAAGCAAGUACAGAAAAUUAGAAAUAUAUUCAUCAAAAUCCUUGACUUGUGAGAGCCAUGGCAUUGUUUUAAAGAUAAUUUGUUCCAACGUAUUUGUAGAUUUUUGUGAUGUCCCCAAUUGUCUCUCCAGGAGUCAAUUUUGCUUUUAUAUUUUAAAAUUUGCAUUAACUCCCUUUGUUUCCUUUGUCUUUCAAAUACAUUUGUCUCUUGUGUCCUGACAAUUAGCUCUUUGAAUUUUGGCAAAGCAGCAAUACAUUUGGCUAAUUCUAAAAAAGUUAUUAAUCUGUUCACUUUAAGCAGGUGGAAACCACUGUUUAAAAAAAGAGGUGAUAUAUGACAAGUAUUGAAAUGAUCACAGCCCAAGAUUCAAACAGCCUAUUUACAAGGGACAUGAGUUUUAUAGAUAUCUCUGAUAGAUAUAACCUUAUCUUGGUACCAUCCUCAGCUGUGCAGGCUAGGAAUGUCCCAGGUACAAGAUCUGGCAUAUGCUGAAUCAUCUGAUUCAACAGAAAGAGCAACAGAGAAUCUAUAACUUAUCUCACUAUGUUCAGACUAGCAAGAAGGAAAAUAUACUUAUGGUUCUAAUCCCUGUUGGAGACCUGUGUGGACACAUUUAGUUCCUGUGUACAAUUGUAUAUGUGCAUACAUCAGUACAGAAAUGUUUAAGCAGAGUGUGUUUGUCCAUGCCCGUGCAUAUUUGUGUAUAUCUUUGCAUGUGCAGUGUGCCUUUGUGCAGGAUUGUGAGCUUUUGUCUGUAUGCUUAUGAAUACACAUGCAUGUUUGUGUGCGGGUGAAUGUGUUAAUGUGUAUGUUUAUGCUAGUGUGUACAUGAAGACACUGUGUGAGGCUAAUUGCUUUGAAAAUAAAGCAAAAAUUUCUAGCAAACAUUCAGCAGGUCAAACACCAUAUGUAGAGAGAGGACAGAGCCAACAUUUCACAUUGAUGUCUUUUUGUUAGAAUGAAUGACAUGAACAAAGAUUUAUUUUUCCACAAAUACUACUUGCUUUGCUGAAUGUUUCUAGUAUUUUCUGUUUCUAUUUCAGAUUUCAAUAGUAGUAUUUUGUUUUAAUGAAUAAUAAA